AUGGCCAGGCAGGAUUUUCAGGGCAGAGAGGAUGCUGGAAAGAAGAAGGAUGGAGUUGCAAGGAGAAAUCAGUCAGACACAGAGAACACUAUUGGAGAUUUCCUAAGUAAGGAUUCCAAUAUCUCAACCAGGGAGACUCCCAUCACAGCACCAAAUGGAAGCAUCUACAGUGAUUCUUCAUAUUGUGGCAUUAUGGCCAAAGUCAUGUUUUUUAUUUGCUUCAUCUUUGCCCUAGUUGGGAUGGCAGCAAAUGCCAUGGUCCUGUGGUUGCUGGGCUUCCGCUUGCACAGGAAUGCCUUCUCUGUCUAUAUCCUCAACCUGGCUAUGGCUGACUUCCUCUUCCUGUGCUUUCAGUUUAUAUUUUACCUUCUUAUUCUCAUUAACAUCUUCUACUACACUAUUUCCAUCCACAUCCUUUUGUUUUUUACUGUUGUGUCAAUAUUUGCUUAUUUUUGUGGGCUGAGCAUUCUCAGUGCCAUUAGCAUUGAACGCUGCCUGUCUGUCAUGUGGCCCAUCUGGUAUCGCUGCCAACGCCCAAGGCACACAUCAGCUGUCACAUGUGCCUUGCUUUGGGCUCUGUCUCUGCUGUUGACUUUCCUGGAUUCGAAGGCAUGUGGCUUACUCGUUAGUAGUUCUGACAUGUUUUGGUGUCAGACAUUUGAUUUCAUCAUGAUUUCAUGGUCAGUUGCUUUAUUUGUGGCUCUCUGUGGGUCCAGCCUCACUCUGCUGGUCAGGAUUGUCUGUGGCUCACAGAGGAUUCCUGUGACCAGGCUGUAUGUGAUCAUUGUACUCACAGUGCUAUUCUUCCUGAUCUUUGGUCUUCCCUUGGGGAUCUGCUCUGUCCUCUACAAAUGGAUUUGGAAUUUAUAUAAUCUUAAAAUUUGUGAUUUUUAUUAUGUGACACUAUUCCUAUCCUGUGUUAACAGCUGCGCCAAUCCCAUCAUUUACUUCUUCGUUGGCUCCAUCAGGCACCACAGGUUUCAGCAGAAGAGUCUGAAGCUGUUUCUGCAGAGAGCCCUGCAGGACACUCCUGAGGAGGAGGCAGAUGGAGAGAGGGUUUCUUCAGGAGAGCCUGAAGAACUGGACACAGUCUAG